GUAACCUUUAUUGAUAAUUAUUAUUUUACUUUAUUUAGUUCUGGGAAGUAAUUUCCGACGAGCAUGGUAUCGACCCGACUGGCACUUACCAUGGGGACUCUGACUUGCAACUGGAACGCAUAAACGUUUAUUACAAUGAGGCUACCGGUGGGAAAUACGUUCCUCGCGCUAUAUUAGUUGAUCUGGAGCCCGGCACCAUGGAUAGUGUUCGAGCCGGUCCUUUUGGCCAGCUAUUCCGUCCCGAUAACUUCGUUUUCGGACAGAGCGGAGCCGGUAACAAUUGGGCUAAGGGACACUACACUGAAGGAGCCGAACUAGUGGACUCUGUUUUGGAUGUUGUGCGAAAAGAGUCUGAGUCGUGUGAUUGCUUGCAAGGCUUCCAGAUGACACAUUCUUUGGGUGGAGGCACUGGGUCCGGAAUGGGUACCUUGUUGAUUUCGAAAAUCCGCGAAGAAUACCCUGACAGGAUCAUGAACACAUUUUCCGUUGUGCCUUCUCCAAAGGUUUCUGAUACUGUGGUCGAACCCUACAAUGCCACUCUAUCCGUGCAUCAACUUGUCGAGAAUACGGACGAAACUUACUGCAUCGACAACGAAGCUUUGUACGAUAUCUGCUUCCGUACUCUGAAGCUUACCACACCGACUUAUGGUGACCUGAACCAUUUGGUUAGUGCUACCAUGUCUGGCGUGACAACGUGUUUGCGUUUCCCUGGUCAACUGAACGCCGACUUGCGAAAACUGGCGGUGAACAUGGUGCCGUUCCCUCGCCUUCACUUCUUCAUGCCUGGUUUCGCUCCGCUGACUAGUCGCGGCAGUCAGCAAUAUCGGGCACUAACUGUCCCAGAACUGACGCAGCAAAUGUUUGACGCAAAGAAUAUGAUGGCUGCCUGUGACCCACGUCACGGAAGAUACCUGACAGUAGCUGCAAUCUUCCGCGGCCGAAUGUCCAUGAAGGAAGUUGAUGAGCAAAUGCUGAAUGUGCAGAACAAAAAUUCCAGCUACUUCGUCGAGUGGAUACCGAACAACGUGAAGACGGCUGUUUGUGAUAUUCCUCCCCGUGGACUGAAGAUGUCGGUGACGUUCAUUGGGAACAGUACCGCAAUCCAGGAGUUGUUCAAGCGCGUGUCCGAACAGUUUACUGCUAUGUUCCGCCGGAAGGCUUUCUUGCACUGGUACACAGGUGAGGGAAUGGAUGAAAUGGAAUUCACGGAAGCUGAGUCUAACAUGAAUGAUUUGGCGACUGAAUUUAAUCAACAGAGCAACGAUGAGACCGCGCUUGGCCAGUUUGGUUACAUAGUGUCUUCUCCACAGCCCGAUGUACCGGAGUCGAUAGCUUGGUACAUGCUCACUCUUGAGGUUCCCGAUACGAAAAUUCGAGUGACGCGUAGGUUUGACAAUCCCGAAUAUCAAAAGGAAGAAGUGGGCUCGAAGUUCUACGGUACUAUUCCUACAAGGGCAGGUCAGUGUGGUAACCAGAUUGGUGCCAAGUUUUGGGAGGUUAUCUCCGACGAACAUGGAAUAGACCCAACGGGGACCUACCACGGCGAUUCCGAUCUGCAGUUAGAGCGUAUCAACGUGUACUACAAUGAGGCGACCGGUGGGAAUACGCGGUUAAUUGACAUGCGUGAAAUUGUGCAUAUUCAGGCAGGUCAGUGUGGUAACCAGAUUGGUGCCAAGUUUUGGGAGGUUAUCUCCGACGAACAUGGAAUAGACCCAACGGGGACCUACCACGGCGAUUCCGAUCUGCAGUUAGAGCGUAUCAACGUGUACUACAAUGAGGCGACCGGUGGGAAGUACGUACCACGUGCUGUGCUUGUCGAUUUGGAACCUGGUACAAUGGACAGUGUCCGAGCUGGUCCUUUUGGCCAACUCUUCCGUCCGGACAAUUUUGUCUUCGGUCAGAGCGGAGCCGGUAAUAAUUGGGCGAAGGGACACUACACCGAAGGGGCUGAGUUGGUGGAUUCCGUGCUUGACGUCGUGCGCAAAGAAGCAGAGUCUUGCGAUUGCCUGCAAGGAUUUCAGUUGACUCACUCAUUGGGAGGCGGCACUGGCUCUGGCAUGGGGACACUACUUAUCUCGAAAAUCCGCGAGGAAUAUCCCGACAGAAUUAUGAACACAUUCUCUGUUGUUCCUUCCCCGAAGGUUUCGGACACAGUCGUGGAGCCCUACAACGCCACCCUUUCCGUACAUCAGCUGGUGGAGAAUACGGAUGAGACGUACUGUAUCGACAACGAAGCCUUGUAUGAUAUCUGUUUCCGCACUUUGAAGCUGACAACACCCACUUAUGGGGAUUUGAACCAUCUGGUCAGCGCUACUAUGUCCGGCGUUACCACUUGUCUUCGUUUUCCUGGUCAGUUGAAUGCUGACUUGCGCAAACUUGCAGUGAAUAUGGUCCCCUUCCCGCGUCUUCACUUUUUCAUGCCUGGUUUCGCUCCACUUACUAGCCGUGGUAGCCAGCAGUACCGGGCCUUGACUGUUCCUGAGCUUACACAGCAGAUGUUCGACGCAAAGAACAUGAUGGCUGCUUGUGAUCCCCGUCACGGAAGAUACUUGACGGUGGCCGCAAUGUUCCGCGGUCGCAUGUCGAUGAAGGAGGUCGACGAACAAAUGUUGAACGUGCAGAACAAGAAUUCCAGCUACUUUGUGGAGUGGAUUCCAAACAAUGUUAAGACCGCAGUUUGUGAUAUACCUCCACGAGGUUUGAAGAUGUCAGUGACGUUCAUCGGAAACAGUACGGCAAUCCAGGAACUGUUCAAGCGCGUGUCGGAGCAAUUCACCGCUAUGUUCCGUCGCAAAGCCUUCUUGCAUUGGUAUACGGGUGAGGGUAUGGACGAGAUGGAAUUUACGGAAGCGGAAUCAAAUAUGAAUGACUUGGUGAGUGAAUAUCAACAAUACCAAGAUGCCACCGCUGAAGAAGAGGGAGAGUUCGAAGAGGAAGAGAAUGAGGAAGCUUAACUUGGUUGUUAUUCCAAAAGUUUAAUAAAUUUCGAUCCACGGUAAACU